AUACUACGUAAGUUAGAGGACGAUAGCUUAGCCCCCGUAAGUACGUAUACGGGUACUUAUACUAUUUCUACCCUAUUUAUUAUAACUAACGACGCUAAGCUACGAUUUAAGAUUAUAAAUACGUAUAUAUAUAGCUUACGAGGUAUUUACGGAUUAUAUAUUAAUAUAUCCGGAUUAGUGCUCUUAAUAAGUUUUUUAAUCUAG